UCCUGCAAUGAUGCCAAUUACAGAAGUGAAGCUAAAAGUUCCACAAGCUACUUCUAAUAACUUCUACACAUCUUCUGGGAACUGUUUUUGUACAUUUUAUUUGCAGCCGUGGAUCUUCUGAGUAAUCCUCCUGAACCCCAACAUCCAGUAACAGAGCUGUAUACACUGACGCUGUUUCUAAUCACUGCAUGAGGCGCGCAGUAGGUUCUCCUGGAGUUCCAGACAUGUUUGGAGCUGUGUGUAAUCGUUUCAUGUGGCGUCGUGUGUUCUUUAUAUCGUGUGUGUUCUUUCCUUAUCUUUGAUUCUGUGUUUGAACAGUUGAUCAUGUAGCUUCCUGUUUGUAGGAGGACGGACACAGUAACGUAGCUCUGCUGAUCACGCCUGCCUCGUGUUGUCUGUAUAAAGUCUCUGACUCUGAGACUCUUCUGCACUCGUCGUUCAGUGAACAUUGUGUUCCUCUGCUACGUCUGCGUCCAUCAUGAAGCUCCUCAGUGUGGUUCUCCUUCUGCUUCCACUCUCGCUCUGUUUGGCUAGAGUCGUGGAUGAUUUUACUGAGAGCUGUCCAGGGUUCUUCGCUACUCCGAAUCAUGUCGUUUCUCCUCCCACGGGUUUUACUGGGGAUCGCUUUAAACGGAUCUGUCAAACUCUAAAUGACACAGUUGAAUUCGCGACACUUUAUGACACGGAGAACAGGAUCCCAGUUUACUCAGCAUACAGGUUUACCAGACUAAUGAAGUGUAAUAGAACGGACAAGUGGUAUAUUGAACCUCAGCUGGAAGAUGGAAUCUUGUGGCCAAACAUGGUUAAUGAGUCUGCUGUGAGAAAAGAAGGUGUAAAUAUAGUUAAUCAGGCUGUGAAUGCCGAUUACGCCAGGUCUCGCUGUGAUAAAGGACACCUGGCUCCAGUUUCCCAUGCCGCCUCACAGAGCUGUUCUAAUGCCAGCUUCACUCUGACCAACGCUGCUCCACAGAAUCCAUCAUUCAACCGCGGGCAGUGGAAGGUGACAGAAAGAGCAAUGGCUAAUUCUCUGAAAAAAUAUUGCCUUAAUGAAGGCCUGCGUGCAUUUGUAGUAACUGGGGUUGUGCCGGGUAAUAAUAAAAUGAAUAACAGAGUGCAAAUUCCCAGUCACUUCUGGACGGCAUUCUGCUGCCUUAAUAACAAUAAUAAAACUAUACGCUCAGGUGCAUAUAUUGGAGAAAAUAGUAAUGAUUUUGCACCAUAUCGGAAGAGCGUGCUGGACGUGGAGACAGAGUUAACAGAGCUGUAUAGGAAACAUUUCCGUAACAUCAUUCCUUUCAAAUUCCAGCUUUUUGAUGGAAAAUGCUAUACAGAAACUGAAAGGGCACAAAAGCGUAAAAAGUCCGGCUGUGAGACAAAUAAACGUCAAAAAUUGUAAAGAAAUUUAAAGCAGGAACGAUGUUGAACUAGUGGAAAGUCCGAGUGUUGAAUGGUUUCAGCGUCUGUCCUGUAUGUUUCCCAUUCAGUGGAACAACUUCUACACACAUACACUUAAAAAAAUGAAAACUAAUCAGAAAUCACUCAUGUGUUGAUUGACAUGUUGUUGUACUUUUAAUCAGUUUAUUUCUGUCACUAAAUUGGGAUCAGAUCAUUUAUUAUUAAUCACUGAAUUGCAGUUUGAUUUUCUGCAGAAUUCUACAUCAAUAAAGAGCAUCCAAUUAAA